CCGUCCGUCAGAUCACCGGCCUCCUCCAAUCCACUCUUCCUCGGUGGCGCAGGUUCGGUUGUCGUUUCCUCUGUUUUUGUCUUCUUCUUUUUGCUGACUAUGUGAUCCUUUUGCUAGCAUAUAAAUACGCGCAGGAGAAUUCAUAAUGCCGUCCCAUCACUCUCCCUCAAGUGGAAGGGCAAAACCGCAGAGGAGUUAACGGAAUCUGUCCCGUUCUUCCGUGAAAUCGUUACAGGUGCGUUUGAGAAGUUUAUUAAGGUGACUAUGAAACUGCCGUUAUUUGGACAGCAAUACUGGGAGAGAGUGAUGGAGAAUUGUGUGGCUAUGUGGAAAUCUCUAGGGAUUUAUACGGACUGUGAAGCCAAAGCUGUGGAGACGUUCUUGGAGGUCUUGAAGGACGAAAACUUCCUUCCCGGUGCAUCCAUUCUUUUUGCUCUCUCCCCAAACGGCUCUCUUACGGUUGCGUUUUCUAAAGAUGAUAGCAUUCCUGAAACCGGGAAAGCUGUGAUCCAGAACAAAUUGUUGGCGGAGGAUGUUCUUGAGCUUUUCAUCGAAAAGAAAGUUGCUUGUCGAGGGGCUAGGUUGAGUGUUACCGAGAGAUUAGCUCAGCUGAUGAAGGAGAACAAGGUCGAAGAGGAAGAGCACUGAGAAUGAUAUAGAUUUCUCUUGAGUAUUUGGUGUUUUAUGUUUUUCUAUGUCGAAUCCUAAUGUUAUUUAGUUCCUUCUGAAUGUUUUCCACUAUUUUUAAGAAUAAUCCAAGAGUAUCAUGGAAUAAUGUUCAUUCUGAAUGUAUUUGGUGUUUUGGCAUUGGUUUUGAACUUUUCGGUUACAUUA